AACACCCAUGAUGCAUGUUCACUUCAACAUGCAUGUUUCCAUCAUCACACACACAUACUAUGUGAAACCAAACCCAUUUAACAACCACUUCAACCCAUACCACACAUGCAAUGUUCCAACAAAAACAUGCAUUUGCCUAUGAGAAUGAGGAAGAAUGCCAACAAAGAACAUCCAGUUGACCUCACAGGGCGUCGGGUCCUUCGAUCACUAGGCGGAAAAGACAAGCACAGCAAGAUCUGCACGUCGAAAGGGUCAAGAGACCGACGCAUUCGGCUAUCAGCCAACACUGCGAUUCAGUUCUACGACGUGCAGGACCGGUUGGGCUUUGAUCGACCCAGUAACGCCAUUGAUUGGCUCAUGAAGGAAGCGAAAGCCGCCAUUGAUGUGUUGAAUGGUGAUCAGUAUCAUCAUUUUCAUGACUUGCUCGUUCCGGAUACAACGAACUCUAUUUUCAACGUCUCAGCGGCAUUUCAUCGAACACCUGGUGUCCCGGUCCAGCAGAACUUGAACCAGGAUCAAAUUUAUGGGUUUAAUAAGUCCCAAUUUGUGGGUAAUCCGAUUCAUUGGAACCCUGAUUAUAAUGAAUCAGAAGGGUUUGAAUUUGUUAACAGGGAACCCCUUCAGUCCAGUUUUCACACUCAAGUUGCUGAUGAUGUUAACAAUAAUGAAAGUUAUGGGUUAUUGGGUGUUUCUUUUGACCCAGAAAUUCAAGUUCAAGAAGCGGAGGUUGAAUUGAAAGAAGAUGACCGGAGAUAUGAUCAAGGUUAUAUGUUCUAAGGAUUAGUAGGUUUUUAAAACUAAUUGUUGUUGAUGGCGUUGAUGGAAGAAGUUAUUUAGAUGCUAAUAAAUUAAUAUUAUAUAUUUGAGUAUGUUUACAUAUUAGUUUGUAUCAAGUUUGGUAUUUUUGUGUUUACAAUGGUUUGGGUAAAACCCCACAUCGUUUAGUGGUGACGGUUUUAGUUCGUGAUGGACAUUGGUGUAAGAUUUAGGAGUAAAUUUAGUGUGUGUGAGUUUGUUGUUCUAAAAAAUGUAUGUACGGUUGACGUUGGUUUGAGGUUUGAAAUUAUUUGAGUCCAUCGUUUGGGUUCGAAAUCUAA